AUGUAUCCCACCGCUCCUCCUGACGAGGCUCCUCCCACCUACGAAGAAGCCAAGGUUCACGCCGUAUCACGUCCAGAGGCGUUGGUUGAACAAGGUGGAAGCCAAUUAGACCGACCUCCACAGUAUGACGGUGAACGAACACUCCCCCGUGAGCUCGAAUUUUUGCCGAAAGUUGAAGUGACGAAUUCAUCAAAGACUUGCGGAUGUUCCGUGAUUCGUGCCCAGCCGGGAUCAGAACACGACGGGUGCCAAACAAUAGUUUUGUGCGAGGAGUGUAGACGUGAAGGAAGAGCGAGUCAAUGA